GAGUAUGCGUUUAAAGAUCGAAAACGUCAGUAGAUUAACACCAGUCUAUUCUACAUCAUGUUAGGGAAAACAUUAUUUUUCGCCACUCAGGAAUAUAUCGUCCGGCAUUAAUAAGACAUCUAUAUACAUACGUACUUAUGUGCGUCUGGAAAAAUAAUGAGAAGCGAUAUCAGUUGCUUUAAGAGAAAUUAUAAUGAGUGGCUUUGAAAUUUUGUGCGGGUUAGCCGCAUUACUUCUGGCUUUUUAUUAUUAUUCCACGUCAACCUUCGAUUUUUGGAAGAGUCGUGGAAUCCAAGGACCGAAGCCUGUAUUCUUAUUUGGAAACACCAUAGACCUGAUGCUUGGAAGAAUAUCAAUGGUGAAUUACCUACAGAAUCUUUGUAAAGUGUACAAAAACGAGCCAAUGAUUGGGUUGUACAUGAGAAGAUCGCCGGUUCUUGUUCUAAGAGAUCUGGAACUGAUAAAAGAUGUCAUAAUUAGAGAUUUCUCGACAUUCGCCGAUCGAGGAUUUGCUGUUCACGAAAGGACAGAACCACUGUCAAUGCAUCUCUUCAAUUUGGAACCAAAAAGAUGGCGUCCGUUAAGAUCGAAGCUCACUCCAAUGUUCACAUCCGGCAAACUGAAAGACAUGUUUGGUCUCAUCCUCGAAUGUGCAGACCAUUUCGAAAAAUACUUGGAUAAAUUGACCGAGAAGGAAGAGCCCAUAGAUUUUCGCGAGGUAACAGCGAAAUUCACGACCGACGUGAUUGGUUCCUGCGCCUUUGGAAUCGAGAUGAGCUCGUUAUCAGAAGAAGACAGUGAGUUUCGUAAAAUCGGCAGACAAAUCUUCGCUACGAACUUAGAGAACGUAAUACGGUUAAAACUCAGACUGUACAUGUCGAAACUGUACGAUUUGUUGGGUUACAUCGUACCGGACAGAAGACUUGCUCCGUUCUUUACCAAGCUCGUGACAGACACUAUGAAGUACAGGAAAGAGCAUAACAUAUACAGGCCUGACUUUAUACAUAUGCUUAAGGAAUUGAAAGAACAUCCAGAGAAAUUGGGCGACAUUAAAUUAACAGAUAGCUUAUUAACUGCGCAAGCUUUCGUUUUUUUUGCUGCCGGCUUUGAAACUUCGUCAUCGGCAAUGAGCAACGCUCUUUACGAACUCGCCCUAAAUCAAGAAAUUCAAGACAAAUUACGUCAAGAGAUCAAGGAACAUCUUGCGAAACACAACGGAGAGUUGCAAUACGAACAUGUUAAAGACAUGGAAUACUUGGACAAAGUGUUUAAAGAAACAUUACGGAUGUAUCCACCAGGAUCUCUAUUGCCAAGAAGAUCUACUUCCGCCUAUACUUUCAGGAACACAAAAGUCAGUAUACCGAAGGAUUUAAUGAUAUGGAUUCCCAUAUAUUCGUUGCAUCAUGAUGCUGACAUUUAUCCAAAUCCCGACGUGUUCAAUCCAGAGAAUUUCAACGAAGACGCCAUUGAGGCUCGUCACCCGAUGACUUAUUUGCCAUUUGGCGAUGGACCAAGAAAUUGCAUUGGUGCACGUUUCGCUAUUUAUCAAACCAAAGUCGGUCUAAUCACGAUUCUUCGUAAUUAUAGAGUGGACGUUUGUGACAAAACUAUGAUUCCAUACGAGUUUACUAAGUCGUCGUUUCUACUGACGCCGAAGGGGGGCAUAUAUUUGAAGUUAACGAAACUAGAAGCAUAAUUUCAAAGCGAGACAUCCUUUAAAGAGACUAAUUUUAAUCGUAUUAGCGCCGAAUAACAAAUUUUUCUAUGCUUGUGUUGCGAAAUAAAUUUUGUAAUUGUGACAUGACAAUUUUCGUUCUCUGCCAUGCAAAUAUAAUGGAAUUUAACGUUUAAAAGUUAGUACGAACGGUACAUAUGCAACAUGAUAUUCGGUUUGUGUCAAGAUAUUGUUCUGCGAUAGCAUCCUCAUGUAUUUCACUGAAAUUCUCCAAGUUUUCCUCGUUUUAAAAUAGGCUAUCGUGGAAAUUUUACGCAGUGGAAGCUAAUCUACAUUCUCCUCCCUAAAGAUUUCCGCUACAUACAGACUAUCCCCAAUAUGUUUUCUGUAUAUAUUUUUGUGCAUGUACAAUUUUUGGUAUACGUAUAUAUACGUAUAUGUGCAUACCGGAAACUACAAAUAUGAUACUAUUCCGAAAAAAUUGAUGUAUGACGAAAGAAACUUUCGUAAGAAUCAGUAUGUAUGAAAGCCUACCACAAUUACGUAUUUGACCCGAUUCGCGCGGAUACAACUUGUUCAGUACAGUUGAAUGACCACUCUGCCGCCUCUUCUGCAAAGAAGCAAAGAAGGAGAAAGAGAAAGAAGAAAGAAGAGAGCUAUCCUUACUAUACGUAAUUACGAGAUACGAUGUCUGACUUUUUUUUUUAUUGAUAGUAGAUGUACACAUUUUAAAUAAAAUAUUUCAUGUCAAAUCUA